GAAAAAUCCGAAGAUCGGUGUUCCAUUCUUUCAGUAAUCGGAUUAAUCUUCUUAGUCUUGUAUAAUGGUUCACUCUUCUCGAUGACGAAAUCAUUGCGGGGCGUAGCACGAUAGCUCUCGACGAUGGUGUUGUAGAAGAAAUCCACCCGAUUGAGGCAACUGAUCAGCUUUUGCUUUGGAUUCCCGCCGGCGAUGUAGGAAGAAGAGUGUGUUUUACUAACCCAAACAAUUGAAUAUUUAUGCAAGAUACAAAGAUCUGUAUUAUGCCCUUGCAACAAGUGAAUUGGGUUUAUGGAAUAAUUCACUUCUCGCGAUGGCGCCAUCACUGGGAUGUGUCGGUUUGCCGGGUUGGAGUCUUCGUUGUUGCCGAUGAGGGUGAUGGAGGCGACCCAGACUCUUGCAGAGUGGUAGAGAUUUAUUGUGAAUGUGGGCUGGAGCAUAUCCCCGUGUGGGUUUAAAUCGUAAACAACAAUUAAUUAAUGGGUAUGGUUGUAAUUAAAAUUGCUAUUAAUAAUUAAUUUAAUUAUAUUUAAUAA